AUGGAAGAAAAAGAUCCACCCCCAAUCGAUUUGGAAACAACAACAUCAAAUGAAAAAGAAAAAGAAAAAACACAACAACAUCAAAGUGAUAAUAUUGAUAAAGAAACAAAAAUCAUAGUUGAAGAAGAGAAACCUAAAGAAAAACGAGAAGCUCUUAAAUCAAAAGCAGAUCAUAUCUAUAUAUUAGUAAAAGAUUAUACAUUCUAUAAGACAGAGAGAGUAUUAUGGUAUUUUAAACAUUUACUAUCAUCAGCAUCAUCAAAUUCAACUUCAACUGCAUCGAAUUGUAUAAAGAUAACAGAAAAAGAUGAAGGAAUAGUUGUUUUAUAUUGUCUAUUAGAUAAUGGUAAAUUAUUAGAUUUAUUUAAUAAUUAUAAUUCUAUACUAUCUUCAACAUCAAUCAUUCAUCAUCAUGGUUAUCAUAAAAAACAAAUUACGAAUGACGAAAAACAAGAUGGUGAUAAUGGAGAAAUGGAAGAUGAAGAUGAUGACGAUGACGAUGAUGAUGAAGAUGACGAUAAUGAAAAUAUAAUAUUUUAUGAUAAGAAAACAAUGAAAUUACCUUUUGUAUCUUUAAUACCUAAAACUCAAGUCUCUGUAGUGUCUUCAACUUAUAGAUUCGUAUUCUCAUUGGAUAUGUCACCGAGUAUGUCAACUGUUGAUCCAAUAUCUGGACGUGUAUUAAUUGAUGAAUUGAUUUCUUCAUUGGACUCAAUAUUAAUAUCACUUUCAUUACCAUUGAAUUUACCAAAUAUGAAUGAUAAUUUAACUUUUUCACCAUUAAUUUAUAUAACAGUUUUAGCACAAGGAGUUAUACCUGAACAUUUUAAAGUUUUGGUUCAUGGUGCAAUUUUAACAAGAAAGAAUGUAUUAUGUAUUAUUAGAGAUAUUAGAGAACAAUUAAUAAUAUUAGAGAAUGAAAUCGCUUCAGCAAUACAACAAAAUUUACAUAUUGAACGUGGUAUAUCAUCUGAUUUUUCAUUAAUGUUUCAAAAUUGUCAAUUAUCAUUAUCACUAUUACCAUCUGGUGCAUGUCCUCAAAUUAUUAUAAUGACAGAUGGUGUUAUAUCAUUAGCAGAAAGUGAAUUUAAAAUUGUAGAGAAUUCAAUUAUGAAUUUUAAUAGGAAUGAUAUAUCAUGUUCAAUUGUACAAGUUGGAAGUGGUGCUCAUAUUCAUUGUGAUUUUGGAUAUUCACCAGAUUCAGAGAUUCUGCGUUAUUUAGCAUUAAAUACUGGUGGAACUUUUUUUGAUCAAUCAACUAUACCAAGAUUUUCAUCAAGAGAUCAAACAAAGAUUUUAGGUUUAGGUAAAAAUAAAAAUAAUAAUAAUUUUAGUGGUAUUUAUUCAAUGAAUCAAAAUACAAGAGAUAAAGUUUAUCAUAUUCAAAAUUCUUUAUUUUUAAAAGAGUUUACACCAAAUAAAACAACCACACCAACAUCAACAUCAAAUAGUAGUAAUAGUUUGUCAAAUUCUGUAAACUCCACAUCAAGUGGACCAAUGAUUAAACAUUCUAGAUCAAAUAGUAGUAGUAGUAGUGCAUCUCAACAUCAAUCAACAUCAUCAUUUAUAAUUCAACAACAAGCUACAUAUAUACCACAUAAUUUUCAACCAACUAAAUCGACACCACAAGAGAAUACAACCAUAUCACCAGAGGUUGUAAUUAAUAAUAUGGCAAAUAUUCAACAGAUUAUGUCAAUAGAUUAUCCAUUCCCUUGGAUUGGAAAACCACCAACUGUACCAUUAUUGAAGACAAUUGCCAAAGAGUAUAUAGUUGAAGUUGACAUUUUAAAACUAUUGGAACUUAGAGUACGUGAAGGUUUUAAUGUUAAAUUGGUAUCUUUUAAAAAGCCUGAAUCCGAAUUAGAAGUUAACUUGUAUUUUCAAUUUUUACCAAAUAUUAAAUUAGAUUAUAGAAUUAAUUAUUUAAUUGAUGGUUCAUCUUCAAAAGAUGAUCAAAAAUCAUUAAGAUCCUCUUCUACUUCUUCUUCUUCUUCAAAGAGUAAAAGUUCAUCAUCAUCAUCAUCAUCUCAACAAACAAAUUCUAAACCAAAUGUAAAAGUUACAAUUGGUGUAAUGGCAUAUUAUGAAUUUUUAAAAGAAUAUACAACAGGUAAUAGUGGUGGUCAGGGUAGUGGUUCAUCGUCAUCUUCAUCAUCAAAGAAACCAUCCUCAUCAAGUGUUGUAAGUUUACAACAAUUUUUAAAUCAUAUUUAUGAAAAGGAUAGAUUAUUAUCAUUGAUUUAUAUUCAAUGUCAACCAUCAUCAGUACCACCACCACCAACUAAAGAUCCAAUUCAAGCCUAUCAAACUCAAGCAUCAUCAUUCUUGAAAUUAUUAAAUAAUUUAGGUCCUUAUCAAAAUUGGGAAAGAUGGUUAAAGCUAGAGACAAUCAAUGUAUUGUUAAAACCAACUAUUAAUUUAAAUUCAGAUAUGUCUUCGAAUCAACAACAUCAACAACAAAGUGGUCAAAUAUUUAAUAAUGGUAUACCACAAUAUACUAUUAGUUUUGAUACUUCAAGAAAUAUACUAUUGAAAUAUUUUGCAAAAUGGUCAGAUCAUACAUUGAAUGGUCAUUAUUUUGUAAAGUUUUUACCAACAACUUCUUCACCAUCUUUUAUUUCACCACCAUUAAUUUCAAAUGGAAAUAAUACAAAUAACACCACUGUCGUAACAAGAGAUUUAUCACAAUAUAUGCAUUUUCCAUCAAGUAGUUUUUGUGUAGUUAAAAUUCAAUGGGAAAUGAGUGGAUUUGGUAAUAUAAAUUCUUUCUUCUUUUCAACUUCUGAAUCUAUUAGAGAGAAAACUUUGGCAAAUAUUAAAUCUGAUAUUUCAAAAUUAUCAAUACCAAUUAGUAAUUUCACUCAAGAAGAAUAUCAUGAUGAAAUACCAAAUGAUAGUUCAUCAAAAAAUAAAACAUCUGCAGGUGAUAGUGGUAAUAAUAAUAAUGAUAAUAAUAUUAAUAGCAGCAGUAGUAGUACAGUUUCAUAUGAACAAUUACAACAACCAAAUGUUAAUCCAGUUUAUACAUUCACAAAGGAAGUAAAGAAAAUUUUAGUAAAAUAUGAAUUUGAAGCCAUUUCAUUCCCUUCACCAACAAAUAGUAGUCAAACAUCACCAUCAUCUUCAAGACCAACUACACCAACUAGUUCAUCAAAACCAAAACCAAUUGGUUCAUCCUCUUCAUCAUCAUCAUCGUUAUUAAAAGAUGAAAAAUCACCAGUUGUAUCAAAUAACAAUACAAUAACCUCAGCAUCGUCAUCGUCAUCAUCUUCUACAUCAACAAUUAAUGGUGGUGGUAGUGGUGGUGGUGGUGGUAGUUUAACACCAAAUGGGAAUACAACACCAACAACAACAACACCAACUAUUACACCAUCAACUUCAUCAACAUCAUUAUUAUCUUCACCACCUACAAAUUCAAAUACUGGAGGACAUCAUUAUUCAAUGAUUUCAAAUAGUAAUAAUAUUCAUACAAAUUCUCAUUCAUUCCAUUUCCAUACAGCUAUGCCCUAUUUAGCUCAACCAAAUCUAAAAUAUUAUCUUUGGAAUCAUAGAUGGAUUUAUGAUUUAUGUGAUUCAAAAACUUGUGAACAAGUUAUAGGUUUCAUAACACAAGAAAGACUAAGUGAAGGUUUCCAAUUGGUAAAUUUAAAUACUUAUUUAUUCAUUAAAGAAAUUCCUUUGAAAUCAUUAAGUCAACGUGUAUUAGCAACUGUACAAUAUUUAGUUUAUUUAAGAUCUCCAAAUUUUAUUGUUAUUGAAUUUUGGAUGGAACCACAACGUGGUAUGUUUUAUUCUGAUCGUAAAGCCAAUAAUAAUAAUAAUAAUAAUAAUAAUAAUAUUAAUAAUAAUAAUAAUAACAAUAUUAAUAAUAAUAAUGAAAAUAAUAAUACUUCAUCAUCAAUGAAUGAUAAUUUUAAAAUUAAUGAAAAAGAUUUAUUUUUCAUGUUAAAGAAAUGGUUUGAAGAAUCAGAUGGUGGAAUAAUUUCAGCGAUUUCAAGUUUUAAUGAUUUACUAGCGGUAACAUUAUCAUCGAAUCCAGAUAAUGAAUUAAAUCAAGUUAUUAAUUCACAAGAGAAAUCAUCUCAUUUAUUAUUUAGAGAGUUGCAAUUGGCACAACCAGUAGUUUCAAAAUUAGUAGCUGAUAAACCAAUAUUCUCUUUAGAAUCGAUUAUAUCAUUUGCAACUGAAACUCGAAAACUAUUUUCAAUUGUAAAUUUACCACCUUCAACUGCAGCUCAUAUGAUAACACCACAAGAUAAACAAAAUUCAAUCGCUUCAAAUAUUAGAUUAUAUAAUCUUUUAUCUGAUAUUUUGAAAACUUUAAAUACAUUGGAGAUUCCAUUAGAUAAAUUAUCAACUUUUAAAAAUUCUUCAAUUCAUUCUAAAUUUAAAGGUGGAAAAUGUUUUAUUAAAGGUAUAAAUCAAUCUGAUUUUAUAUUUACAUUUUUACAUCCACAUACUUUAAAUCUUGACCAACAACAACAACAAGCUCAACAACAAGCUCAACAACAACAAACUAAUGGUAGUAGUAAUGGUGAAGAUAAAUCAUUCGUUGUUUCAUUUUAUGAAUGUUCAAUUAAAGGAUUUAUUGAUAUUCAACAUAGUGAUAUGACAGUAAACUUUUUUGAACAAUUAUUCGAUUCAAACUCAACUUGUAUGAGUAGUGGUGGAAUUUUACCAGGUUGUAAUGGAAAACCAAAUUCCGUGAAUGAACCAUUACAUAAAUUUUAUAGUAGAAAGAAGAGUGGCUACCACGAAACAAUUCAUCAUACAACUCCACAACAUCCAAGUACAAGACAAUAUAUUAGAGUGAUUAAAUCAACAUUUGAACGUGCCUACAUUAAAUCAUUAUAUACCAAUUUACGUGAAAAAAUACCAAUUGAUACAAAGGAUUUCUUAAAUUCAAUACCAACUUGUAAAGAGUAUUUCGUUGAUAUUGAUAUAACACAAUUCUUACGUAUCCUUCAAAAAUCACAUCCAAAUAAUAUUACAACCUACUUAAAAGAUAGAUUUACACCACAAGCUAUGACAUUAUUCACUCAAAUUUCAACAACUGAUUAUUUCUAUUAUGAUAAACAACCUUUAAAUAAAAAAUUAAAUACUACUGGCAGUGGUGGUGGCGGUUCAUCUGAAGAAACUACAGAUAAUAAUCAACAAGAUUCAGAAACUGAAGAAGAUGAAGAUGACGACGAUGAUGAUGAUGAAGAUAUUUCAUCAAGUAGUAAUACUGAAGAAGAGUCAUCAUCAUCAUCAUCAUAUAAAUAUUCACCAUCUAGAAACCAUAAUAAUAAUAAUAAUAAUAAUAAUUACGAAGAAAAUGAUAAUUUUGAAAAUAAUGAAAAAAGAUUAUUAUCUUCAAUUUUAGGUGAAAUUGGUCAACGUUCAAUUGAUCAUAAGAAUAGUGCAAUUGGAAUGUAUCCGUUGCCAUUAUUCUUGAAAAUGGAAUUUGUAGUUUAUCAUAAUAACCCAGAUUUCCAAUCACCAUCAUUAGAGGGUGAAGGCCCAGGUGUUGGUCCAACUCCAACAAGUGAAGUUCCAUCUUCAGGUUCAACAAAUUAUAGUUAUCAAUUUAGAUUCACUUCAGAUUCUUUAGAAUCAAAUCCAAAUCUUUUAUCUGAAUUAUCACCUGUUAAAUCGUAUAUUAGAUUUAGAUGUAUAGUUUUACCACCAAUGUAUUCAAAACCAUCUUUACCAAAUUAUCAUAAUCAUCACCAUCAACAAUCACAACAUAAUAAUAAUAAUAAUAAUAAUUAUAAUAAUAAUCAUUAUCAUCAACAGCAACAAGUUAACAAUAAUAGACAAUAUCAACAACAACAAAAAUAUAAUCAACAAAAUAAACAACAGCAACAACAACAACAACAACAACAACAAUCAUAUCAACAUAUUAGUAAUGGUGUUUUACAACGUAGUGGUAAUAAUAAUCAACCAAAAUUCGUUGAAUCUAUUAAAGCCAAUUUACCAAAAUAUAUUUGGGGAGCAAUGAAAACUCAUAGAAAAUCAGUGUUAUCAGUAUUAUCAGCAGAGAUUUUAGAUUGUUUAAGAACUAUAAGACCAGUUACAAAAUAUAUUUUAGAUUUAGUGAUUUAUCAUUUGAAUCGGUUAAGUAGUUUUAAAUCAAAGUAUCAUCAUUUACAUACUCAAUCAAUGAAUUUAAUUUUCGUUGAUACUAAAGAAGGUUGUACCCUAUUUCCAUCACAAUUGGAACAAUUUAGUAAAAUGAAAUUAAAAAGAUUCUCAAAUGAUACUUUUGUUUAUUAUCAAGAUUCAAAUAAACUUAAAACCUUAAAAUUACAACAACAUCAACAACAACCUUCAAUUAUUACUUCACCACCUCCAACACCAAUAAUUAAUGUAUCAAGUAAUAGUAGUAGUGGUAGUAAUAAUAAUAAUAAUAAUAAUGAUACAAAUAGUGGUUCAAAUCCAUUAGGUGGUAGUUCAUCUCAACUUUGGAUGUGUGAUCUUAAAGGUAUUGAUAGUAGUAGCAGUAGCAGUAAUACAAGUUCAAAUAUAAAGAGUACAAUUAAUAGUUUAGUUGAUGGUGAUACAAGUAAUUUAUUAUCAAAUAGUGAUUCAAAUGAUACAUUUUCAAAGGAUGAAGAUUUUAUUAUUCCAUAUUGGUUAGUUAUGUUUUAUAAUCCAACUUUAAAUAAUUUAAAGAUUCAAUUCUUUUCAUCAAUUUCAACAAAAUCUUUCAUCAAAGAACAUAACUUUCUACAUCAUAUUCUUGAUAGUACAUCAAUUAAUCCUUUAUCUCAGAGUAUGCCAAUAAGUAGUGUUACAAGUUUAGAUAGUGAUAUUCAUCAACAACAAAAUAGUAAUCAAUCAUCAUCAUCAUCGUCCUCACAACACCAACAAUCGUCAUCAUCAUCACUUCAUCCAAUUAAUCAUCAACAUUCAAAGAGUGCAUUAUCAUCACCACAGGUUGAAACUUUAAAACAACGUAAUCUUAGUCAAGUAAAUUUACCAAGUCAAUUAAAUUCUGGCAAUAGUGGUAGUGGUACAAAUACUCCAAAUAAAUUAACUUUAACACCAAUAACAACACCAUCCACAGCAACUUUAACUGAUGCAACCACUAUUAUGGAAGAAAAACAACCACAACCAAAUAUAUUGAAUGGUAUUGAUAUUUUAACAACAUCAAUGGAUUCAGUAUUUAAUAAUGGUGGUGUAUGUUUACAUAAAUUUAAUCCAAAAGAAGAACAAGAGUCAAUUAAAAUAUCGAUUGCAGAGGUUGUUAAAAGAGUUAAUCAAUUAAUACUUUUAAAUCAAUUGGACGAUAUGAGAUCAUGUAGUCCAUUAUUAAUACCACCUGAUGAUAUUUCAACUUCUUCAUCUUCAUCAUCAUCAUCAUCAUCAUCGUCAUCAUCAAAUACUCCUUCAAAACAACAACAAUUACAACAACAACAACAACAACUUUACUUAAAACAACAACAACAACAACAAAUGAGUGGUAAACAAGGUUUAUCAAGACAACAGCAACAACAACAACAACAAUACUUGAAACAACAACAACAAUUACAACAACAAAAAGUUGAUGAAGAAUACUUUUAUAUUGGAUUCGAUAAAAAGGGUAAUAAAAUAAAGAAACCAUUACCAUUUGUAUUUGGUGAAUUUACAUGUCCAUUGGUUCAUACAAUGUAUUUCCCAUUACAUGAUAGAUUACAAGCUACAUUGGCAAUUCGUGGUUUGAAUUCAAAUGUACUUCAUGCAUUUUCAAUUUCAAAUAGAAAGAAAAUGUAUGUUUAUCGUGAAAUGGGUGGUAAUAUAUUCUAUAUGAAAUUAUCUGAACCUACAACUAUCAAUGCCAUCGAUCCGUUUAAUUCGCCACAACAAUCACCAUUACAAUCACCUGGUACAUCACCACCUAAAGAUUCCUAUUUGAAUCAAGUUAUGAAUUUAAAACAAAGAUCAACUAUAAUUUCAACUUCUAUAUCACCAGUACAACAAUCAACAACUACAAUGACAACCACCACCACAACCACAACCACCACCACUUCAACUAUUACAAGUUUUGAGAAUGCAACUGGUGCUGGAAUUAAUUCAAUUAUACCUCAAUUUUUAGUAUUUGAAGUGUUUGGUAUUGAUUCACCAGGUAAUGAAAUCACUCAACAGUUAUUCCAAUUGAUCGAAUCAAGAUUAUCAGCUAUCACUUUACAACAUAUUAGUAGUAUGAUUAUUCGUAAUCCAAUGUUGAAAUUAAAUCCACAAGAUAUUGAUUUCAUUAAACCUCCAACUAUAAAUCCAACAAUUGUUACCAUUCAAAUACCUGAUAGACAUGGUAUGAUUGAUCCUUACUUAUUUUUGGUAUUCUUUAAACAAAACUUACUUCAAUAUCUUACAAUUUUACAUUUAGCAACUAUUCAAUCACCUGCUAAUAAUACAAAUACUACAAAUAUGGCAACUUCUUCAACUUCUACUUCAACUUCAUCAUCGUCAUCAACUACAACAACAACACCUAUUGUAACAAAUCUUAUUACUUCUUCAACUACAAUUGAAAAUUCUAGUAGUAGUAAUGUUACAUCCAAUAUUAAUAGUAGUAUAUUAGAAUCAACAUCAUCAUCGACCUCAUUAUCUUCUACAUCAGUUAAUCCAUUAUCAGCAACAUCUGAAAUUUUACCAAUACCACAACCAAUAAUAACAGUAACACCACAACCACAACCACAACAACAACAACAACAACAACAACCACAACAACAACCACAACAACAACCACAACAACAACAACAACCAACUCCAACAACAACAAAUUCAACAUCUUUACAAUCACAAUUACAACAAUAUAAAGAAUCAUAUGAAUUGAAAGCAACUGAUUUUACAUUCCUUUAUAACUUUUUAUCAUCAACAACAGCUCAAUCAUCUUUAUCAUCAAUUGGUCAAGGUAUUUCUUUCAUUGUAGUAUCGUUAUUGAAUCAAUUAAAUCAAACAAUGACAUCAAUUACACAAACCCAAUGCAAAAAGGAUUUAUCAACAUUUUCUGCUUCUCAAAAAUCUGAAUUUUAUGAUGACAUUUUAAAGGGUGUGGAAAUCGUUUCACAACAAGAACAAUUCCAACCAGAUGAAGUUAAUAAUAAUAAUAAUAAUAAUAAUAAUAAUAAUAAUAAUAAUAAUAAUAAUAAUAAUAAUAAUAAUAAUAAUAAUAAUAAUAAUAAUAAUAAUAAUAAUAAUAAUAAUAGUAAUAGUAAUAGUAAUACAGAUGGUAAUAUUUGGGAUAAAAAGAUUCAAUUAAAACUUUGGUUUAAAGGUACAAUUAAUAGUCAAUUAUUAAUUGAAAAGUUAGUACAAUCAGUUAAUCAAACAUUAUGUCAAUAUGCAUUUGAAAAUCUAUUAAUUCCAGGUUCAAUCUCAACACAAAAUAUUAAUGAUCAAUAUUUAUUACCAUCAAAGAAACUUUUCCAACGUGGUAGAUCAUUACAAGAUCCUUCAAUUUGUGAAAUUAAAUUAAAUAUUCAAAAUCUUUCAACUUGGGCAACUGAUAGUUUUGUUUCAGAGAUUAAUGAAAUUGUUACUGAUGCAAAUUAUAAACUACCUUCAACAAUUUUAUAUCAAUCUGAACCAACUUCAAAACAAUUUACAAAAUAUUCUCCAAAACCACGUCAACCACAACAACAACAACAGCAAGAUUAUCAACAACAACAAGAUAAUUUUGAACAAUCAAAUGAAAUUGAUGGUAAUAAUCAACCAUUAAUUAAUUUGUUAAAUAAGAAUAAAUAUAGAUUAUAUAUAUUCUCUGGUAAAAAUAUUGUAUCAGAAAUUUCAGAUAGUUUAGGUGGUUCAUUAUCAGAUAGUACAGGUGGAACAGGUGAUGGUAGUGCUAUCGAUAGCACAUAUAGCAAUUUACAGAAUGAAGUUUUAAAUAAUUCAUCAGAUACUUCAUUGUAUACAAAUGAAGGUAUACUAUUUUCACAUAUAAAAGAUACUCAAUUGAAUUCAAUGAUCUUUAGAUAUUGUAGUUUAAUUGCAUUCAUUAGUUCUGAACAAAUUUUAUUAUACACUUAUAAUUGGAGUCAAACUAAAUUAGAAUUCUUACAAGCAAAUUUAAAUAGAGUUCAAACUUGGUUCACAUUGAGAAGAAAUUUGUUAAAUAAUGUUUUACAUCAAAAAAUGGGUUUAUUCAAUCAUGUAACUCCUUUGAAUAAUUCGCCAAUAAUAGCAUCAUUCUUUGUAAAUAAUCCAACUACUACAAGUGGCUCAACUGCAACUUCGUCAUCUUCAACAUCUGGUACUUCUUCAGUUGGAGGUAGUGGUGGUGGUAGUAGUGGUGUCAGUGGUGGUAAUACAGGCAACACAGGUAAUACAGGAAAUACAGGUAAUACAGGUAAUGCAAGUAAUACAGGUAAUAUAGGUAGUGCAGGUAUGGGUGGUGUUAGUGGUAUAGGUUCGUCUUCAUCUUUAUCAGUUAAAUAUACCUAUGAUAAUGUUGAUUUAAUUAUGUUGAAUCAAAAACCACCAAAAAAGAUAACAAAUACAAACACCAAUACUGCAAAUGCACCAAAUCAAACAAAUCCAUCUGGAAGUGGUAGUGGUUCAAAUGUUAAUACAGCAAAUAAAUCAACAUUGGCAAUUAAUACAGGUGGUGGUAAAGAUGAUCAAACUGUUAAUCCAUCACCAAGACAAAAAUCAGGUAGUACUGGCAAACAAAUGGCAAAUUCAAGUUAUCAACAAUUACCAUCAUUACCAAAUCAAUCAACUUCAACAUCACCAUCAACAGCAAGUGGUGGUGGUGGUUCAACAACUCUAACUCAACAACAAAAGAGAAGAAAUUUAUUAUCGAUACCAGAUUUUGAAAAUAUUUUAAGAGAAUAUUUCCCAUCACCAGCAAUUCAAUUAUAUUAUGAAACUAGAUUACCAAAUAUAAUAGACCCAUUGGCUAGAUAUGUUGGUCAAGUUAAAAGUAUUGCAAAUUAUGUUGAAAAAACAUCAGAAGCUAAAAGAAUGUUUGCUCAAGCUCGUUCAUUCUUUAUUGAUACUGAUAAAACACCAUCAUCUCAUCAAUUGGAAACUAUAAUGAAAAUGUCUAGAUUAGUACAUUUUAGAUGUGUACCAUUCCUUUAUGAACAUUUAAUUAAUACAAAAGAUGGUAGUUCAAAUGGUGGUAUAAGCGGUAGUGGUGGUAUAAGUGGUAGUGGUGGAAUUGGCGUUGGUGGUAGUGGUGAGUUAUCAACAACCACUCAUCAAUACAUCUCACCAACUUUAGUUGGAAUUGUAAUGGCACCAAAAGGUUCAGUUGAUAUUCUACCAAAACUAAAUUACAAUUAUCAACCAAUAAUACCACAAAAUCAAGAUGGUUCUGUUUCACCAUUACCUCUUUUAAAUAUUAAUAAUAAUUGGAAAUUAAAUAUGAUGGAACAAUUUGUUCAAGAAUAUAUAAAAUAUAUGGAAAAUGUUUUACAUUCAAAUAAAAUUAUAAUUUCAAAUCCACCUUCUUCAACAACAAUAAAUCAACAACAACAACAUCAACAGCAACAACAACAAUCACAACAACAAAAUCAAUCAAAUAAUUCAAUACAAUUAAAAGCUUAUUUACAACAAAAUUUUAAAGGUGGUUCAUUAUUAAUUAAAAUUGGAUUUAGAGAAUUAUCAGUUACUUGUGAAUUGUUUGCAAUUUUAUUACCAUCAGUUAGACAACAAUCAAAUGCAGAUUCAAAUAAUUCUAAUGGAAAAGAUGGUAAUAGUAAGCCAUUAUCAACUUUAUUCGCAGAGGAAUAUGGUAUGUUUACUCAUCAUUUACAUUUGAAUUCAUUUGUUUAUGAUUUCCAUCUUAGAAAAUUACAAUCAUUCUUGGAUGGUGAUAUGAAUAAGAGUACUCUAGAUUCCAAUGAUAAAAACAAAUAUCCACCUCAAUAUUUCAUUGAAAUGAUGCAUUCAAUGCCCAAGUAUUAUCCUAAACCACCAGCUCAUUCUUACUCACAUCUUUACGAAUCCUCUUACUCUUUGGCUAUCCCAAUUAAACCGACUGAAUUGUUUAGCUAUAUUUGUAAGAAUGCAACUUCCUAUAAUAUUGGUAAUUUAGAUGAAUGUGGUGUCUAUCCUGCUUUACAAUUUAAUAUUAGUCCAGGUGCUGAUAUUCAUUAUUCUCCAAAUUCUGCACCAAUUGACUAUCGUUGGACUUGUGUUGUAUUUUGUUUAAAUAAUGAUGAUCAACCUCCUUCACCACCACAACAACAAUCAUCACAACAUCAACAAUCUGAAAAUAUUGACAUUAAUAAUAAUAAUAAUAAUGAUAAAACAACUACAACAGAUAAUAAUAAUAAUAAUAAUAAUAAUAAUAAUAAUAAUAAUAAUAGUAAUAACAACAAUAAUAAUAAUAAUAGUCAUACUAUUGUAAAUGAAUCAAAUCGUACAAUUAAAUUACAAUAUUUCAUUGUAAAGACAGCAACUAAUACACCAUUCCCACGUGUUGAUAAUAUUUAUCAUACACAUAACAAUCAAAAUAAUAAUGCUUCAUUUGGUUCAAUAUCUUCAAUGGCUGGUAUUAAUAGUGGUCAUACUCAUUUAUCUAAUCAUCAUCAUCACCAUUAUCAUAGCUCAAAUUCUCUAACCACUAGAGUAAAUUUAACACCAGUUUUAUCAAGCACUCAAUCUCCUUUAAUACCACAAGAUAGUAUUAAUAAUCAUACCCAUCAUUCAAGAUCACAUAGUCACCAUCAUUUAUCUUCAAAUAAUCAAUUACCAACUCAACAACAAUUAUUACAACAACAACAAUUACAACAACAACAACAACAAUUACAGCAACAACAACAACAACAAUCACAUCAACAACAGCAUCAUCAACAACAACAACAACAACAACAAAAUAAACAAAGAAAUGAUGAAGAUAUUAAUCAAUCAAAUAGAAAUAAACUUGUAGAUAGUAAUGGUGGUAUUAGUAUUGGUAAUUCAAAUCCAACAUCAACAUCAUCACCAUUUAUUAAUAGAUCAACAAUGGAGCAAUUAGAAAAGAAUUAUAGAGCAAUGUCAUGGGCUGAAGAGAUUGCAAAACAAAGAAUUUAUAAAUUUGUAAUUGGAUCAAGUGUGGCUUAUCAACGUGAUAUGCUUUGGUUGAAACUAUUAAAUGGUAAUCCUUAUGAACCAGCGCUAUCUCAUCAAGAAUAUAAUCAUUUCAUGAGUUUUAUCAAACGUAGAUCUUUGAAAUCAAUGGAUGAAUCAUUGGUUGGUUCAAUUAAUUUCUUCCAAUAUAUGGGUAGUGUUUGGCAAGGUCUUAGUAGUCAUUUGGUGAAAACUUGUGGUGAUCGUAUACGUCAACUUCAUAAUGACCCAGUUCAUCAUUUAUUCAUUUUAAAUCCAAAAGCAAAUUGUCUAAUGUUAGAACUCAUUUGGAAUGAAAAAGAAAAAGAAACUGAUGCUUUCAUUUGCAGACGUGAUGAUCAAAAUAUUUCAAAAGAAAGAGAAUUAGAAUUAGAUAACUUUGAAUUAGAACAUGCUUCACAAUUAAUUAAUACUCUAUCUCAUUAUUUAUGGAAACAAUUACUUUUAAAAAAAAAUUAA